UUUUUUGCAUCCGCUAUUGAACUAGACUUGGUAUCGUUUCCUUUUUUAUGUGUUCUUAUGCAGGAAAUCUGAGAGCUUUCAUGGUUCCUUUCAAUGAUUUUGAUUUUACUUGGUGGGGUUUUAAUUAUUUUGAUUUUCCGCAAUUCUUAGAUUGCAUAUUUAAUUUGGAAAACAUGGAAGAUUACAAAGGAAUUCUACCAAGUAAUAAUUAAUGAGAUUUUAUGAAUGCUUUGCCUGCUUUUGAUGAAGAAUCCAAUUUGCAUUCAUGAAUUCCAUUUUUCUUUCCUGGGCAAUGAUAUUAGUUUGAUUGUUAAUGGAAACACACAUAAAAACUGAAUUUAAAAAAAACAUGGGUUGGUUAACUCAUUCUUUUUUGUUUUUUCCGCUAUGUUGGAUUCGAAGCAUUUUGGUGCUGGGUUUGCAUCUACCUGAAGACGUGGAUAACCCCAAGCCAUGAAAAAGUAAAUAUGAUCCCUUCGUUGUUAAUGCAGCUAUCGAGUUUGUUUGAACAGGAGAUUUUAUACCAAACACAUACAAAAUUUUUCUCUGUUACAAAAUAAACACCCAUUUGUUUUGUAAAUGACUUUGGUUUGUAGGAUGGUGGUUUGCUUGUCCUAUUUAUUUGAACAUGAGAUUUUAUACCAAACCCAUACAAAAAUUUUCUCGGUUACAAAAUAAACACCAACAACAACAACAACAACAACAAAGCCUUUUCCCACUAAGUGGGGUCAGCUAUGUGAAUCCUAGAACGCCAUUACGCUCGGUUUUGUGUCAUGUCCUCCGUUACAAAAUAAACACCCAUACAAAAUUUUUCGUUACAAUAUUUGAUGCAUUUGUUGCAGUUGCAAUUAUGUGUUUGUUAAGAUUAGGGCUACCCGUCCUGGUAUAAACUUUGAACAGUUAUGUUUAUUUAUUCUCUCUCUCACCUAUAUAUCUUUUUAUUUACUCUAUACGGGGCGGACAAGGAACUUGUUGAUCAAAAGAAGUAUCUUGAGGCGUCUUGCCAGCCUUAAUGUGUGAAGCCUCUGAUUGAAUAACAGGCAAUGAACAAGGGCCCGUUUCUUUAGACAAGCAAGAGCUCUUUUUGUUUUCGUGGAAGGUUUUGAGGCAAUGAUCACUGAUCGGCGAGUCGGAAGUUGAGAAAUGGAGAAAGCAUUGAAAAUCUACGCGGAAGUUGUGAGAUUGGUGAGGAGGUUGCCAAAGGACUCUCAAUCGUACUAUGCUAAGUACGCCCGUGAGAACUUCGUCAAUUACAGAGAGGUCGAGGCCAACGACGACCAAGCCCUCCACGAGCUCUUCCUCAGGGCCUACAAUCACUCCCUUUGGGUCCUCAACAAGUGCUUAGUGGACAAAUCUGCGGCCGAGAAGUUGAAGAAAAUCUGCUCCACUUAGCGCGCUUGCCAAGUGUUCGAUGUAAUGCCCAAAAGAUUACGAAGAUAUCCAGGCUGCAAAAUGUGACUAAAGUUAUAAUAAUGGAAAAACUUGUAUUAAUUGGGUCAUCAUCUGUGCCAAUAUAUGUGAAAUACUUUUGUAAAGUUUUCACAAACCUAAUGCCAACAUUGAUAAAGGGAAGAAAUAGAGAUUUCUUCAGAGUUCAAAUUGA